AUGUCCCACUCGUCUGGCAUUUCUGUGGCAGCCUCCCUCGCCGACACCUUCCGUGAUGCACGCACAGAUGAGAGCAACGUCCGCCUGAUCAAGGCUGAGAUUCAUGACGAGUCUGUGGAAUGUGUCAAGGCUAUGGAUGCCGCAGGGAGCUUUGAUGACGACUUUGGUAUGGUCGCUGGUGAGCUGGAGGACGAUGUGGCCUGCUACAUUCUCUUCCGCAAGGACGAGGUCCAUGCUGACUUUGGUCAUGAGUGGAUGUUCCUCUCCUUUGUCCCGGAUACCUGCCCUGUUCGCCACAAGAUGCUGUACGCAUCGACCCGGGAUAACGUCAAGAAGCAGCUUGGUGAGAACGUGUUCACUUCGGAGAUGCACGCCUCGCUCAAGGAUGAGCUCACCGCAGAGGGCUACGCCGCACAUCUCGAGGCCCAGAACGGGACUGACUAUGACGUGCUCUCCAUGGCUGAGCGCGAGAAGAUGGAAGAGGCUCGUAUGGAGAUCCACGUUGGUGUCGGUCGCGCAGGUGUCCACGGCGUCGACUUCCCCCUCACCAGCGCUGCGUCGGACGAGAUCAGCAAGCUUGCCGCUGGCUCGCUCAACUACGUCCAGCUCCGCCUCGACCUCGAUGCCGAGACUAUCGAUCUCGCCGAGGCUGCCUCUGUCGACGCCACCGAGCUCGCCGCCCACGUCUCAGACGAGUCGCCGGCGUAUCACGUGUUCAACUACAAGCACGAGUUUGAGGGUGCCGCUACCGCCGCUGUCGUCUUUGUCUAUUCUUGCCCGCUCUCGUCCAAGAUCAAGGAGCGCAUGCUGUUCUCCUCGUGCAAGGAGGCCGCCAUCGCCCAGAUCACCGGCGCCGGCGUCACCAUCGACGCAAAGGAGGAGAAGGUUACCUUUGCCAAGCCCAAGGUUGCCCGCCGCCGCCCGCAGCGCAAGGCCCGCCGUGGCAAGAACGAGUAA